UUCUUUGUUUCACUUCGAGCUUUGCUUCUUCUUUACUUCUAAGAACAUCAAAACCCUAAAAUUUCACAUUUCCCCCAUCUGUUUCUUUUUUCAGGAAGAAAACUAGGUAAAGUGUCACUUUUCUUGUCUGGGAUUUUCUUCAUAUUGCAUAAUUGGGUUUUGGGUUCCAAGGAACUUUAGGGUUUAAUUCUUUAUUUUUAAGUUGUGGGGAUUUUUCUUUCUUUGAAAAGCUAUGAACUUUGCCGGCAUUUGUUUGAGUUUUCACCAAACAUUGUGAAAAAAAGAGUGGGAAUUGUAAGGGUGUUGUGAAGUAGCAAAAGAAAAGGAAAAAUGAUUGCUGAGAAGCCAAGCUGGGUUAGGCAUGAGGGAAUGCAGAUAUUCUCCAUUGAUAUUCAGCCUGGUGGUCUUAGGUUUGCUACUGGUGGAGGUGAUCACAAGGUUCGAGUAUGGAACAUGGAAUCUGUUGGGAGGAACUUGGGAAAGGAUGAAUCUACAUUGAGGCUUCUCGCAACCUUGCGCGACCAUUUCGGGUCUGUCAAUUGCGUUAGGUGGGCUAAGCAUGGUCGAUUUGUUGCUUCAGGGUCCGAUGAUCAAGUGAUUCUGAUUCACGAGAGAAAGCCUGGCUCUGGGACGACCGAGUUCGGCAGCGGAGAGCCCCCGGAUGUUGAGAAUUGGAAAGUUGCAAUGACAUUGAGGGGACACACUGCAGAUGUGGUAGAUCUUAAUUGGUCUCCUGAUGACUCGAUGUUGGCUAGUGGGAGUUUGGACAACACCAUCCACAUAUGGAAUAUGAGUAACGGCAUCUGCACAGCUGUGCUUAGGGGUCAUUCUAGUCUCGUUAAAGGAGUUGCCUGGGAUCCCAUUGGAUCUUUCAUAGCGAGCCAAUCCGAUGACAAGACAGUUAUUAUAUGGCGAACGAGUGACUGGAGCCUUGCUCAUAAAACAGAUGGCCACUGGACAAAAUCAUUGGGAUCUACGUUUUUCAGGCGGCUCGGAUGGUCGCCCUGUGGCCAUUUCAUAACUACUACUCAUGGGUACCAAAAGCCAAGGCAUUCUGCACCUGUUCUCGAGAGAGGGGAAUGGGCUGCCACAUUUGAUUUCUUAGGCCACAAUGCUCCGAUCAUUGCUGUAAAGUUUAAUCACUCUAUGUUCAGAAGGAAUUCUGCCAAUUCACAUGAAACGAAAGGCACUCCUGUUGGCUGGGUAAAUGGAGCUGCUAAGACUGGGGGGAAAGAAUCACAGCCAUACAAUGUCAUUGCAAUCGGAAGUCAGGACCGCACUAUAACAGUUUGGACAACUGCAAGUCCUCGCCCACUCUUUGUAGCCAAGCAUUUCUUCGGUCAAAGUGUUGUGGAUUUAUCCUGGAGCCCUGAUGGCUAUUCUCUCUUCGCCUGCUCAUUGGAUGGAACGGUGGCUACUUUCCAUUUUGAAGUGAAAGAACUUGGCCACAAGCUAAGUGAUGCUGAACUUGACGAGCUAAAGAGAAGUCGUUAUGGUGAUGUCAGAGGUCGACAGUCAAAUUUGGCUGAAAGCCCGGCACAAUUAUUACUCGAAGCUGCUUCAGCGAAGCAAACCUCGAGCAAGAAAGUAGCUUUGGAUGUUCAGCAGAACCAGAUACCUGUAAAAUCCUCUCUUGAGUUGGGGGUAUCAAACAAAAGUUCCGAGCCUCAGAAUAAUGAUGGAAAGAAGAGCAGACUUUCCUCUAGUGAUGGAUUAAAUAAAACGGUGACACCUGUCCGGGUUUCUAGUCCUGUGAAACAAAGAGAAUACAGAAGAGCUGAUGGUAGAAAGAGAAUUAUUCCUGAAGCCGUCGGUGUUCCCAUUCAGCAGGAGAAUAUUUCUGGCAGUGCUCAAGCUCAAGCACUAGAUUUCCCAGUUGCAUCUUCUGACCCUAGGAAAAAUGAUAACAGUGUAGUUCAUGCUGAUAGUAGUUUACGAGAAACUACUAUCAGGGGGGCCGUUGGUAGAAGUUUUGAUUUAAAGGAGUGCUCAGGGGUCACUGCUCGGGCUGCUGUUACUGACAGUCUGGUUAUUGAAAAAGUUUCUGCUGACCAAGAUCAUAGCAUCAAUGUAGAACAGCCUGGAAGCUCGAAGCCUUCAGGUUCCUCAGUUAGCUCUACCAAAUCUUUUUCAAUUAGGGUAUUUGACAAGAAAGAAGGGGAUGAUAUGUCUCCAAUUUGUUUGGAAGCUUGUCCCCGGGAACAUGCUGUGAAUGACAUUGUUGGUGUGGGAAAUGCAUGUAUGACAAAAGAAACUGAAAUCGUGUGCACAAGGGGGGCUCAAAAUCUGUGGUCGGACCGUAUCUCAGGAAAAGUCUCUGUUUUAGCUGGAAAUGCAAACUUCUGGGCUGUUGGAUGUGAAGAUGGGUGUCUACAGGUUUAUACAAAGUGUGGAAGACGUGCUUUGCCAACCAUGAUGCUGGGAUCUGCAGCAACUUUUGUAGAUUGUGAUGAGAGCUGGAAAUUAUUAUUGGUAACAAGGAAAGGAUCUUUGUAUUUGUGGGAUCUCUUCAAUAGGAACUGUCUCCUCCAUGAUUCGUUGGAGUCUCUAAUAACUUUGGACCAGAGAUCGUCUAUGAAAGGGACAAUCAAAGUUAUAUCAGUCAAGUUAUCAAAAUCUGGCUUUCCUCUUGUUGUUUUGGCGACUCGGCAUGCAUUUCUCUUUGACAUGAGUCUCAUGUGUUGGCUGAGGGUUGCUGAUGACUGCUUCCCUACUUCUAAUUUCGCUAGUUCUUGGAACUUGGGUUCAACCCAGACUGGUGAGCUGGCUGCCCUGCAAGUAGAUGUCAGGAAAUAUUUGGCCAGAAAGCCAGGCUGGAGCAGGGUAACCGAUGAUGGAGUGCAGACGCGAGCUCAUUUAGAAGCUCAGUUGGCAUCUUCUUUGUCUCUGAAAUCUCCCAACGAAUAUCGCCAAAGCCUUCUUUCCUACAUACGCUUCCUUGCAAGAGAAGCAGAUGAGUCCCGAUUACGAGAAGUCUGUGAAAGUUUUCUCGGACCACCGACUGGAAUGGCUCCAGAUGCCAAUAAUCCCGCUUGGGAUGCUUAUGUACUCGGAAUGGAAAAGCACAAACUUUUAAGAGAAGACAUUCUUCCUGCAAUGGCGUCGAAUAGAAAAGUCCAGCGAUUACUUAACGAGUUCAUGGAUCUCCUCUCGGAAUACGCAAGUGUCGAGAACAAUGUAGACCAAGAAAACCUUUCUCCACCAACUACAUCUCGACCGGAGAUCGAUCUUAUGGACUCCAACCCAUCUUUACCCGGUCAAAAAGAUACUCCUACGCCAGCAACAGAUGACAAGGAGAAUCCUUCCCCUGGUAUUAACCAAAUGGAUAGUAUUCCAUCAACAUUGAAUCAAGUAAACUGGGGCACCGAAUCGACUGAUCAAGUAAAUCGAGCUCCAAUAAGUGAAGAUGCUGACGGUUCAUGAACUAAUGGUUGCUCAGCUUAGAAUAGGGUAUUGCACUGAUCUAAAAUAUAUCCCUUUGCUUGAUGCUUGAAACUGGACCGUCCGACGUAUCUUUUUCUUUUCUUUUGUACUUUUUAAUCUCCUGUGCAUUUAACUGUAGAAUUUCACUAGUUUAGUUGAGAGAUGUUUUUGGAUAGAAGUCAUUGAUCUUUGUACAAUUGAGUUUGAUAUUAAUACAAUCCUGUCUUUCAACUGUUUCUAAUCA